AUGAGCGGUCCAUCUGAUCUGCAACAUGCUGUUGCAUGUACCCAAGCUGCGGCGCGGCGUCGGCGACGGCGCCUCCUCUCCGCUGCGGACAAUGGUGCCAUUGUAGAGUAUAGUUCAGCCACAUUUGCUCCUGCACCGCCUUGCCCUCGCAUUCCAGUGCCGCCUCGCCACCUGCUGACGCGGCCGCGGCUGCUCGCAUAUUACAGGUUGAUCGCCGGUUCUGAGCCGCCGUUGCUUCGGCGCGACGCCACCGUGGAGGGCUACAACUACAACUGGUUCGUUCCAGCUGGAAUCGAGGAAAAGGGUAGAGCGUCAAAAAAGGGGCGACGACGCUUGCAGGAGGCCCUGAUUGCCGCCAGGAUGCCACUGAGUGAAGUCGGCGAAGGCACGAGCGGUGUGUUCGACUCGGGCCGCCUGUGCUCCCCCAUCCGCCGGCACCUGCGGCGUCUGCCAGAAGAGAGGACUGCAUUUGAUGACAGCGGUACCGCUACGUCGCAAUGCGAUGGGGGGAGUGAAGACGUUGACAACACCGUCGUCCUCGUGCGGCCAGUCGCGUGGGAACUCCCGUCAGAGGAGCAGAUUGCGUGGGAGGAAGCAUUUCGAGUGGCGCCCAAAGGCCGCGAGUGGGAUCGGCAGCGUGCGGUGCGCCACAGCGUGGGCUCGACGGCGCAGGAUGCCCUCAUCAGCUGCUGCAUUGAUCCAAGGUAUCGACGCCCGGGUGACUUUGUGCGGCGCAACUGUCGGGGAGAACUCGUCGAUGCACGCGGACGCCCAAUGCGAAAAGCAACUGAGACACACUGA